CUCUCCAACAUCCUGACUCCGAGCGCUUUAAAUCAUAACGGGUUGCGACGAUAGGGCCUCUGUUUUCCCCAAUCCCCUCGAAGGCGAAACCCUAAUUCCAUGGAGAAGAUCUCCGAGCGAGAUCGAUCAAGUCGCAAAUCCUCGCACGAUCACGAUAGCAACCGCGAUCGAGACUCCGGGAUCUCCCACCGCAAUCGCGACAGGGAUCGGGACCGCGACCACAAGCAACGCCAUCGCGAACACCACCAUCGAAGCAGCAAAAACUCAGACGAGAAGCGCCACAGCGACGAUGACCGUCGUCAUGGCUCUAGGGAGAUUACACCUUCCGAUGCUGAUGAAGAACGCGAUCGACGCCGCGAGCGCUCGUCGAGUCGGGCGCGCAACUCGGUGGACUGCGAAUUAACUGAAGAGCCGCGUCACCAUUACUCGAACAAAAGGAAGGAGCACCGGGACGAAGAGGCUGUUGAGAAGAAUGGAAAGAGAACUAAGGUUUCGGAGGGUGAGAGGGACGGCAGAAAGGAAAGGCGUUGUUUUGAAGACCGAGCUGCUGAUGGUCUGAACGGGGAUCACAAGGAGGAGAAGCGCGACGAUAAAUCCUCAAGGAGUAGGAAGAGGGAACAGAAGUACAAGAUCAGGGACGACGAAAGAGACAAUGAGAGAGUGAAAGAUGAUAUUUUGAGUGAUGGGGAUGAUAAAAAGAAACCACGAAAGGAGGGGAGAAAAUUUACCGAUACUAUGAAGGUUGAGAAGAUGGAAGUGGAUCAUGGCGAUGGAUUAGGUCACCAUAAAGAGGUCAAGGAUGAGCACAAGUCUAAAGAUAGAUUGAAGGAAGGAAAUCUGGAGAGUGCCUUGGAGGCUGCUGUUCACGGAUCACCCUCUUUGGCUUCAACAAUGGUUUCUACAAAUUUUGGUGUACCUCAUCAUUCUGUGCCCACCAAGGUAUCUUCAUUUAAUACCUCCAAUGAAAAUGAGGGAGUUAGUAUUAGAUCUGAUGAGGUUCCUGGAAAAUCCAGUACAGAUGGCACAGCAACUUCAGUUACUGUCAAAAGGGGCAGCUUGUCUCUUGAUGCUUUAGCAAAAGCUAAAAGAGCUCUACAGAUGCAGAAGGAGUUGUCAGAGAAGCUCAAGAAGAUUCCUGUGUUAAACAAGUCUGUUAGCUCAAGCACUGAUAAUAAACAAGUAUCAUCUGUAUCAAGUGCAUCCCAACCUGAUCACUUUGGUUCUUUGGCUUCUGCCUCAGCAAACCACAUUCAGGCAACAUCAAGUGCCCCUACGGUUGCAGUAUCAGGAAAUUUAUCAGCUGUUGGAAGUGCUGGUGUCCUUCCGGGGUUGUCAAACAUGCGCAACAUCGAAGCAGUAAAGCGUGCACAGGAACUUGCUGCAAAAAUGGGUUUCCAUCAGGAUCCCGAAUUUGCCCCACUUAUUAAUAUGUUCCCUGGACAGUUAUCAGUUGACUUGGCGGUAUCUCAGAAACCUUCCAAGGCUCCUGUAUUGCGCUUAGAUGCACAGGGUAGAGAAAUUGAUGAACAUGGAAAUGUUGUAAACAUACCUAAGCUCACAAAUCUUAGCACCCUUAAGGUUAAUAUUAACAAGCAGAAAAAAGAGGCAUUCCAAAUAAUAAAGCCGGACUUAGAUGCCAUUGCAGCAACAAAUGCUCAUUUUGAUGACCAAAUGGGAAUAAAUAAAACUAAGUUAUUAAGGCCUAAAAGAAUGACAUUUCAGUUUGUUGAGGAGGGCAAAUGGUCAAAGCAGGCAGAGAUCGUGAAAUUUAAGAGUCAAUUUGGAGAAGCACAAGCUAAAGAGUUAAGGAUGAAGCAGACUCAACUGGAGAAAGCAAAGGCGGAGCCAGAGAUUAAUCCAAACUUAAUAGCAGUAGGAGUGAGGAUCAAGAAGGAAAAGUUGAAGGAUGCAAUACCUGAGUUCGAGUGGUGGGACAAACCGCUACUACCUGGAGGAACCUAUGAUGAUGAUGUGGGACAGAAGCUUAAUAUGGAUAAAAUUACGAUUUAUGUGGAGCACCCACGACCAAUUGAACCUCCUGCAGAGUCAGCUCCUCCUCCACCACAGCCUCUCAAGCUAACAAAGAAAGAGCAAAAGAAACUUAGGACCCAGAGGCGUCUAGCAAAGGAGAGAGAUAGGCAAGAGAUGGUUAGACAAGGCCUCUUAGAGCCCCCUAAGCCAAAGGUUAAGAUGAGUAACCUGAUGAAAGUUCUUGGUUCUGAAGCAACUCAAGACCCAACAAAACUUGAAAUGGAAAUUCGUAGUGCUGCUGCUGAGCGUGAACAAGCUCAUGUUGAUAGAAACAUUGCUCGCAAACUCACCCCUGCUGAACGGCGUGAAAAGAAAGAGAAGAAGCUUUUUGAGGAUCCAAGUUCACUUGAGACUUUUGUUUCUGUUUACAAGAUGAAAGACCUCUCGCAUCCACAAACACGUUUCAAAGUCGAUGUGAAUGCGCAGGAGAAUAGGUUGACAGGUUGUGCUGUGAUAUCAGAUGGAAUUAGUGUUGUGGUUGUGGAAGGAGGCAAAAAACCAAUAAAAAGGUACGGGAAGCUGAUGCUGAGACGCAUCAACUGGGCUGCUGCAGUGGGCAACGGGGAAGAGGGUUCUGAAGAUGCAGGUGCUCCUUCCAACAGUUGUGCUUUGGUUUGGCAGGGUACUGCUGCUAAACCCAGCUUCAACAGGUUUCUUGUCCAUCAAUGCAGAAGUGAAGCUGCUGCUAGGAAGAUAUUUCUCGAUGCUGGAGUUCCACAUUACUGGGAUCUGGCCUUCAAUUUUUCUGAGGAACUACUGUAAGCAACAUUACGUGGCAAAAUAUUUGAUCACUUGUCAAAUUAUCCAGUAUCAUGUUAUCUGUGUAACUGUCUGUAUGAAAUUGCAGAACACUAGCCAUCUCCCAGACUAUUUUUACGCUCGUCUUUUUGUAUGUCUCUUUGUUCCUCCCAUGGAUGUACACUAGCCAUCUCUCAGGCUUAUUUUGUACGCAAAAGUUGGUUUUUGAUAAAUGUACGAUGCCUCGAUAUUUUACUCUUGCA